UUUGUUUUACAACGUUUUCCUUCGUCUUCAGUUUUCCGCCAAAUACUUCCGUUCUUUCUAUUAUAUUGAAAAUGGAUUCACAAGAAUACGAUAAGUUAGCACGACAGAUAGUGAAACAGUUGGAGCAGAUCAAUCAAUGUCUCGGUGAAGCGAGCAAGAAGCGUUCGAAACUGCAGCCCGGCCACAGCAACAGCACCAUCAACUACGAGGACAUUACGGGGCCUAUUUUAGCGUUGGCAAACGAAAUAGAAACUGCUUUUUCUGCGCAACCCACCCAAGCUGAUCAACGACCACCGGAUACUCCGACGGAAGAGGAUAUCGAUAGCUUUCUGGAUGCGGUCCGAUCACGUCCUUCCGGUAACCGGGCACAACGGCAGGGUUCGCUGAAAAGAACGACGUUCCCGCUUCAGCAGUCCCGAAUCCUGAACGAGAAUAACGUAACCGUCUUGGGCAAAACCUGUUCAGAUAUCUCCACCAUCGCUAGCAAAACGAUCAUACCGAAACCUCCGCCCGUUGAUGUGCCGGCUAUGAUGGAACGGUUGCGACAAGCGAUCGCGCUGCAGGCCAAAAUUGAAGCGACUGCACCGAUCUGUGAGAUCGAUCUGCCUGAAAUUCAUCAGCAUUAUCGUGAACGAUGGUUGGAGGUUGGUAAAGUUUGCCAAGACAUAAGCACGCUUUUUUCGGAUUUCAAAGCGCAAGUACAUAGCGCGAGUGGUAAUGGUCCGAAACAACCGACGAUCGUACGGGACGAGCUGGUGGACUGCAUGCAACGAUUGCAAUCGACGAUGAAUCAAGUGUGCUUCAUAAAGCGCGUCGAAAACCAGCCGGACCUAACGACCACAGUGAGCAAAGAAGCGUUUCCCUUAUCCGAAUGCUUGGAAUCAAUGGACGAAAAGAUUCGUCAGUAUCAUCCGUAGGUGUAAAGUGAGCAGAAAGAUAAGUAUGCGGUAUUAAAACUAAACCCGUAUUAACUUAAACCCCAACAACACUUGCUACGGGUUACGUUACAACGGGCGCUGGGCGAAUCUUAGCUGGGCUUAGCA